UGGAGUGAGAGAUGACGACAGUAGUAGUUGAAGUGCUUGGCGUUAAUGGAGGAAUUGGAAACACCAGUUAUGCCAAAAACUCCCUUCCCCAGCAAAAGGCGAUACUCAAGACAAAGCCAAUUACAGACCAAGCAAUAACGAGCCUCUAUACUUCCAGCCUAAACCUUAAGACCAUCUCCAUUGCAGACUUGGGCUGUUCUUCAGGCCCCAACACUUUCCUCACCGUCUCGAACCUUCUCAAAGCCGUGGAUAGGGUGCGGAAGAAGCUCCGGCGAGAUUCGCCGGACUUUCAGAUUUACUUAAACGACCUUCCCACCAAUGAUUUCAAUUCCAUUUUCCGGUCUUUGCCAACCCAUCAAGAGGAGUUUAAGAGAGAGAUGGGAGAUGGGUUUGGGCAGUGCUUCUUCAAUGGAGUUCCUGGCUCAUUUUAUGGAAGACUUUUCCCCGCCGACACUCUCCAUUUCGUUCAUUCUUCUUACAGUCUCCAAUGGCUAUCUCAAGUACCUAAAGGAAUAGAAGACAACAAGGCCAACAUUUGCAUGGCACCGGGAAGUCCACCUAACGUGAGAAAGGCAUUCUCUGCUCAGUUCGAAAUAGAUUUUUUAACCUUUCUUAAGUGUCGUUCAGAAGAACUGGUGAAAGGCGGGAGAAUGGUUUUAACCAUACUGGGCAGAAAAAAUGAAAAACCUUCUUUCCUCAUUAUAGAGCUCCUAGCCAUGGCCCUUAAUGAACUUGUGUCAGAGGGUUUAGUGGCAGAAGAGAAACUAAAUUCAUUUAAUGUUCCUAUGUACACGCCAUCUCUAGCAGAAGUGAAAUCCUUACUUGAAAAGGAUGGUUCUUUCACCAUUAACAGCUUGGAGGCCUUCCAAGUUCAUUGGACUGGGAAUGAAUCUGAUGUUGAGAAUAUUAGCGACAAAAACAAUGGUGGAUACAACGUUGCUAGGUGCAUGAGAGCUGUUACAGAGCCUACCCUUGUUAGCCACUUUGGAGAAGGAAUAAUUGAGGAUGUGUUCCCAAAGUACAGGAAGAUGAUUGCUGAUUACAUGUCCAGGGAGAAGACUGAGUUCACUAAUGUCACUGUCUCUUUGGUUAAAACGUAAUGACUCGAUGGCAACACACAUUAUUGGCCCCUUAAUUGUCUGGAUAGCUAUAUAUCACUCUAUCAUAGU